GCGGGUUCCCGAGCCCUAAAGUUGGCUGAGAAAGAAAGAAAGAAAAAGAAAGAGAGAGAGAGGGGGGUGGCUUUUUCUUUUUUUCCUUUUUUUGUUCCCCUUCACGGAAGUUAAACAAUAAAAAAGUAAUGAUACUGUAACAGGGAAAGAGGCUGGAGGAGUUGGGAAGCAGGAAAGAAACUUUUGGAACAGUUGUUGGAAAGAGGAAGAGAAAGAGGGAAGGGGAAAAAGAAAGAAGAGUCUCUCUCUUCAGUUUUUGUUUUUGGGACUAAAGGAUGAGCUGGGCUUGGCAAUGGUAGAAAAGCCAUGGGUGCCUUCCUCAGCCCCAGCUGGCUUUGCUUGGGGGGGCCUCCUGGUCUCCUUCUGGUCCGGUGUUUCCAGCACUGAAGUCUGCACGGGGACCGACAUGAAGCUGCAACGUCCCUCCAGCCCAGAAAACCACCAUGCCACCCUCCGCCGGCUUUAUGAAUACUGUCAAGUUGUGCAAGGCAACCUGGAGAUCACACAUCUACCAGCAUAUGCUGAUACAUCCUUCCUCAAGGACAUCAGAGAAGUCCAGGGGUACGUUCUGAUUGCCAAGAACCAUGUGCGUCACUUGCAUCUGGAGAACCUCAUAAUCAUUCGUGGGACCCAGCUGUAUGAGGAAAAGUAUGCACUGGCUGUCCUUGACAACGUCGACCACAGUGGGAAUGUAGGUCUGCUGGAGCUAGGCAUGUUGAAACUGACAGAGAUCUUGAAAGGUGGUGUGAUUGUUAAAAGGAACCCACAACUGUGCUACCAAGAGACCAUCAAUUGGGAGGCCAUUUUCCAUAAACACAAUGAGCACAAUGACACAGAGAUCAAUAGCCAACGACUUCGGAUGUGCCCUGACUGCAACCGAAUCUGCCCCAAUGGCCACUGCUGGGGAGAAUCAAAAGGAAGUUGUCAGACACUGACAAGCACAAUCUGUGCCAGCAGCUGCGCCAGGUGCAAGGGCAGGCGACCAACAGAUUGUUGCCAUGAGCAGUGUGCAGCAGGAUGCACAGGACCCAAACAUUCUGACUGCCUGGCCUGUCUGCACUUCAACCACAGUGGGAUCUGUGAACUCCAUUGCCCACUUUUCAUCAACUAUAAUCCAGACACCUUUGAGUCCAUGGUCAAUCCAAAUGGGCGCUACACUUUUGGAGCAACUUGUGUCACUGAAUGCCCUUAUAAUUACCUGGCUGCAGAGGUGGGUUCUUGUACUUUGGUUUGUCCCCAGAAUAGCCAGGAGGUGAGUGUGGGCACCCUGCAGAAGUGCGAAAAAUGCAUCAAGCCUUGCCCAGAAGGCUGCUAUGGCUUGGGGAUGGGCUCUUUGAAAGGAGUUCAUGCUGUCAGCGCCACCAACAUCCAUCACUUUGCCGGCUGCACAAAAAUCCUCGGCAGCUUAGCUUUUUUUCCAGAGACCUUUGCAGGAGAUCCUGAGACCAAUACCCCACCCUUGGAUCCUCAGCAGCUUAAAAUUUUUGAGAACCUGAAGGAUCUAACUGGCUAUCUUUACAUCGAAUCAUGGCCAGAGACCCUCUCAGACUUGAGCCCUUUCCAGAACCUUCAGGUGAUCCGGGGUCGAGCACUCUACAAUGGAGCAUAUUCCCUAACAUUGCAGCACCUCAACAUCACUUCUCUUGGCCUGCGUUCACUUCAGGAGAUCAGCAGUGGGAUGGUCCUUAUUCACCACAACCCAAACCUGUGUUUCAUCCAAAGUGUGCCAUGGGGCGAUAUCUUCAGAAACCCCAGGCAGACACUAUUCCAGAAUGAUAACAACCCAGCUGAGCAGUGUGAACGCCAAGGCCAGGUUUGCUUUCCCCUGUGCUCCCAGGGAUAUUGCUGGGGACCAGGAGCAACUCAGUGCAUGUCCUGUAAUGGCUUUCUGCGUGGGAAGGAAUGUGUUGAGACCUGCAACGUUCUGGAUGGAGAUAUCAGGGAAUAUGCCAAUGGAACACGGUGCUUUCCCUGCCAUCCAGAGUGCAUGCCCCAAAAUGGAACAGAGUCCUGCAAUGGCUCGGAGGCAGAGCAGUGUGUGGCUUGUGCCCAUUACAAAGAUGGCCUCUCUUGUGUGGAGCGGUGUCCCAGUGGUGUGAAGAUUGAUAACUCUUUUGUCCCCAUCUGGAAAUAUCCUGAUGAUGAAGGCCUUUGUCAGUUCUGCCCAAUCAACUGCACACACUCGUGUGCAGUACGAGAUGAAUUUGGCUGCCCAGUGGAUCAGAAACCUGGCCAGGCUACCUCCAUCAUAGCUGGUGUGGUGGGUGCUGCCCUUGCUGUGGUACUGUUGCUUAUCAUUAUUGUUUGCAUCAGCCGUCGGAAGCAGCAAGAGAGGAAACAUACAAUGCGUCGACUUCUGCAGGAAACUGAGUUGGUGGAGCCAUUGACACCCAGUGGAGCCCUGCCAAACCAGGCUCAGAUGCGUAUUCUCAAGGAGACAGAAUUGAAAAAAGUCAAGGUCCUGGGGUCUGGUGCUUUUGGAACAGUGUACAAGGGUGUCUGGAUUCCAGAUGGUGAGAGUGUGAAGAUUCCAGUGGCCAUCAAAGUCUUAAGGGAAAACACAUCGCCCAAAGCCAACAAGGAGAUCUUGGAUGAGGCAUAUGUCAUGGCAGGUGUGGGUAGCCCUUAUGUCUCCCGGCUCUUGGGAAUCUGUCUCACCUCUACAGUGCAGCUCGUGACUCAGCUCAUGCCCUAUGGCUGUCUGUUGGACUAUGUGCGAGAGAACAAGGACCGUAUUGGAUCCCAGGACCUUCUGAACUGGUGUGUGCAGAUAGCAAAGGGUAUGAGCUACCUAGAGGAUGUCCGUUUGGUCCACCGAGAUUUGGCUGCCCGGAACGUUCUGGUGAAGAGCCCAAACCAUGUGAAGAUCACAGAUUUUGGCUUGGCCAGAUUGCUGGACAUUGAUGAGACAGAAUAUCAUGCUGAUGGAGGGAAGGUGCCCAUUAAAUGGAUGGCGCUGGAGUCCAUCUUGCGCAGGCGAUUCACUCACCAAAGUGAUGUGUGGAGCUAUGGUGUUACUGUAUGGGAGCUGAUGACAUUUGGUGCCAAGCCUUACGAUGGUAUCCCAGCCCGGGAGAUCCCUGAUCUACUGGAGAAAGGAGAGAGGUUGCCUCAGCCCCCCAUCUGCACCAUUGACGUUUACAUGAUCAUGGUGAAAUGUUGGAUGAUUGACUCAGAAUGCCGGCCCAAGUUUCGAGAACUGGUCACAGAGUUCACACGUAUGGCCAGGGAUCCCCAACGCUUUGUGGUCAUCCAGAAUGAUGAUAAGAUGGGCCUAGCCAGCCCCAUAGACAGCACUUUCUACCGUACGUUGCUAGAGGAAGAAGACAUGCAAGAUUUGGUAGAUGCAGAAGAGUACCUGGUCCCCCACCAGGGGUUCUUCAGUAGUGAGACAUCACCUGACUAUCGUUCUAGGAUUCCUUCAACCAGAAGUGCCACAGAGACUCAGACAGAUGCAGAGGAGACUGAGGAACCCAUAACUCAGUACCCGUAUUUGGGACCAUCUCUCCCAGAACAGCCAGAAGGUGUCAUCACUAACUUGCUUGAUGGAGACUGUGCAGCAAGCAGGGCCCUGCAGGAUUCACUGCAGGAGCCUGGCACCCUUCAGCGCUACAGUGAAGAUCCCACCAGUCCCUCAAACAAUGAAAAUGAGAGUCUGGAUUCAAAAAACUACAAUCCACCUUCACCGUCUGGUGUGAUUCCAGAGUAUAUUAACCAGCCAGAAAACAGCUUACCUUCCAGCAAGAAUGUCCGACCAUCCGGGGCCACACUGGAAAAGCCAAAGGGUCAUUUCGGCAAGAAUGGGCUCAUCAAAGAUCCAAAGAAUACCUUCCCCGGCAGUUUCACCAAUGUGGUGGAAAACCCAGAGUACCUGACACCAUGCAACCUCCCUCUGGCUGGCCCUUUGCCCCAAGCCUUUGACAAUCUUUAUUAUUGGAAUCAAGACACUUCCAAGAGCAACCCAGUUGAAUUCUUUGCUACCUCUGUUGCUCCUGCUGCCACCACUAAUGGCUUCACCACAACCCCGACUGCAGAGAAUCUGGAGUAUCUAGGCCUUGCGGAAUCCAUCACUUGUUCCCAGGACUUUGCAUGAAGUUUUCACAAUGAAGGCAGCUCUGGACACAGACUAGUGAAUUACUGAUUCAUGUAAGAAUGAGCAAGAUUCAUAUAGACCUCUUGAGGCCAAAGAGGCUGCUUUCCUGUCUUCUUCCUGGCAGCUAGGCUAAGGCAGGGGUGGACAGAAGACAGACCUAGAUCUCAUGGGUGAUUCACAGUGCAUUAGAAUGGAUUGCUGACUCCUGGCUGUUCAACGAGAGCAGCAAGGAGAACAUUUCCUUUACACACACCUUAAUUUAUACUGAUCAAAUUAAGAAGGCUUGAGAUGAUCAGGAGUGUGUUUUUGUGUGGAAAACCUGUGAGCGCCACUCAGUUCCAUACUCAGGACAAAUCCUGUGUUCCGAAUUAAUUUUAUAUGUAUGCCUUUUGCACCAUGUUCAGGUUGAUGGAUCUUGGGGCUCAAGUAAAAGAAAAGUAAGAAAGUAAAUGCUGCAUUCCUGAAGUUUGCCCACCUGCACGCAGGCUUUGUGACAGUUUCUCUGUCCUACAGUUCAGGUGCCCCAACUGUCGCAUAAGGUGCAAACAAAAUGGAACGUUUCUUGGCUUCAUCUCCUUCUCUUCCUUGGAUUACAAGACAAAGGGGGUCAGACUACUCCUUGGAUUAAUGUUCAGAGUUGGAACUUUGCACCUUUUUCCCCCUAAGAGAAAAGCCACAUAAAGAUCUUCAUUCUGAAUUUUUUUAAUGACAGUAAAGGAAAACCGUGAGAUCUUGUGUUUCAAAAACUAUUGUGGGCAGAGCAAAUUUUUCUUUGAAACUAUGGUGUGUUUGUUGUUGUUGUUUUUCAAUGGCAAUGGUAAAAAGGGAAUGUUCUUUUUCAGGCUUGGGAACAGAAAAGACUGUUCUUUCUCAAGGUUGUAUCAAAAUAAUCUGUGGUGAUACUUAAAUGCGGUGGUAGAGUCUAGAGAAGACCAGAAAAGAAAUAAUUUUGCUUGGUAGGAGAUAUCUCUGUGGUGUUCUCUUGUUCUUGGAAGAUUUCAAGCUUCUAGAAUCUGAUGAGGAACAACAACAAAACCCAGCUUCAUUUCAUGGCAUGGGUAGCUGUGUAAACCACAAUAUCUGAGACUUGUUGGACAUCUUAAUUCAGUGAAAUAAUGAGUCUGAGUAGUUUUUUAAAAAAGUAACACCACUUCUUAGUGCCACGUUUUAUAUUGCAGUGUUGUGGCUUUCUAUUCUGAAAUUAUGGACAAAUAGCUAAGGGCAGCUGACACACUGUUUUGGGUCACAGGGAAGGAGAUUUUAAAUCACAUCAUGGCAAAAACAUGCCAUUUUUUCUCAGUGUUGUUGGAAUAUUUAUUAUGUUGAAAUAGGGUGGGGCUGUGAAAGUGCUGUCAUUACCUAAAAGGGCGGAAGAAUAAUACUGGGAUCAUAGGGGGCCCAUUUCAUUCCCUAUGAAUCUUGCUCUUUUAAAGAAAGGUGUUUAGUCCCCAUGUUGGAAAUACAUGCUUGAGGGUAGGUAGGCAAAUCUCAGACGCUGGAGAAAUCCCUGAAUAAGAUUCCCAAAGAUUGCAGGGUGGACUUUCAGUGCUCUCUGUGUUAUAUCUCCUUUCUUCUCCCAUUGACAUGCAAAAUAAUCUGCAGAAUGAAUUAUGUAAAAUAACAAGAAUGCUAUAAAAUUUUUGUUCGGAUAAUUUAUACAGAACACUAAGAUGAGCUUUUAUAAGUGCCUAAAACAGAGCCCUAAAGCAGGGCAUAUUAUUCAGUGAUUGUACAGAUGGUUUGUAUUUUGCCUCUUCCUUAUUGAAACGUAAUGUUGUAUUGAUCUUUUCGUCUCAGAAAUUCUCCUUGAUGAGGUAUUCUCUUAAUGUGGAACUGUCACUUUGGAAUCUAACCAUGUAACAACCAGCUGUUGUUGUUUUUUGUUAUUGUUGUGAGGGAAACAGGUUGGUAGGAGGACAGAAAGUAAUAUAAAUCUUUUAAACUCAGCUAUGAGAACGACUGCAGAGGAGGAAAGAAGCCCUUCUUCAUUGCAGGAGGCAAAGGCAAGAGGCUUCCCAUGAAGAAUCGACUGGAAAGAUUGCUAUUGGCCUUAGAUUUAGAGCAAAGAGCAAUCUUUCUUGUCCACACUAUUCCAUGAAUUGGCUUUCUCCCAGUGCAGAAGCAACCUUAGUUUUUUGUGGGUUUUUCGGGCUAUGUGGCCAUGUUCUAGAAGAUUUUCUUCCUGACGUUUCGCCAGCAUCUUCAGAGAAUGCUGGCGAAACGUCAGGGAGAAAAUCCUUUAGAACAUGGCCACAUAGGCUGAAAAACCCACAAAAAACUAUGGAUGCCGGCCAUGAAAGCCUUUGACUUCACAGAAGCAACCCUACUUGAAAGCAUGUAGAAGCUGCUCUGGGAGCCUUUAGGGCUGAAGAGUGGGGUAUAAAUACCAUAAGUAAGUAAGUAAAUAAAAUGUGCACAAACCAGGAACCAAUUAAUAGGGUUUAGCCACUGGGAAACAUAAAUGAAUUUGCAGAUUGCAGAUCUUACAGAAUGGCUUUCUAGAGGAUUAUGGCCCAUUGUCGGCUAGUGUUGAGUUGGGAAGCUAUUUUCACUGACUAAAGUAUCUGUGGCUAUUGCUGGUCCAGUAAUAGAAGGUUCAGUUCCUUUCCUUAUGAAGAUUUUACCUGUGAAGCUGCAUGGUGCCUUUUGAAUAAUUUAAGCAGGUUCCUCGCUUCCCUUUUCUUUUUUUAUCCUCUUAGAUGCAGGAUUCCAGCAACUCUGAAACCAGCUGUGCUCCUCAGACAGCUCUGCAUGUAUCUUGUGAUUAAAAUGACUUAUUCUCUGUUUAAAUUUGUGGGAACUCCAAAUACUACUAUUAGCAUCAUCUAUAGAAAUUCCUUAAGUAAAACAAGGCAGAACUAUGUAGAUUAAGUGCAUGAUGGGAGACAAGAGAUGAAUGAACUAUUUGCCCAUUCUGAAGUUCACCCCCUCCAUGCCAUCCAACUUCCCACUAAAACCUGUGUUUGCAAGCUGGUGCUAUUUUGGUACAGUGAAGGUUAUCGGCUGUGGAUGACUUCAAAACAAUCACUUGUGUCAUAAGUAUUUGUAUAUCAGAGAAAUUAUACAGUGGUUUUCAUUUUCUA